AUGCUCAAACAACACAGGGAGCUUAGCAUGUUUGUGCGUCGCACCAUUGAAACCCACGAGGAAGCGGGAAUCAGACCGAGCAAAACUUAUCAAUCAUUUAUGGCAGCAGCUGGCAGCCACCGUGAACUAGGUUUUAUAGAAAAAAAUGUGAGGAAUUACAUCAAAAGGGAAGUACGGAAUAUUUCUGAAGAAUACGAUGCCAAAGAAUUUGGGAAGUACCUAGUAAGAAUGAAAGAGAAGAACCAAAAUUUCUUCUUUGAGCUCAACCUUGAAGGCAAUCACUACAUUAAACAUGCAUUCUGCGCCGAUGCAAGAAGCAGAGCUACAUUUGAGUAUUUUAGAGACGUGGUUUCAUUUGACACCACCUAUAAUACAAACAGGUAUUUCGUUCAGUUACAUAUAUUUUCAUGUUCUUUGAAUGUAUAUCUUUCAGUUCACCACGGUCUGGGUGCCCUUAUUUAUGCAGGGAAAGCACCAAAAGGAAUUCUCACCGAUCAAUGCGCAUCGAUUCAAAGGGCAAUUGAGCUAUACAUGCCAACAACAAUUCACCGCUGGUGUAUUUGGCACAUCAUAAAGAAGAUCCCAAGCAAACUAAACGACUACAAGGGACACAUUGAUAUUGAACAAGAAAUGAGCCAUGUUGUUUGGAACUCGUACACAAAAGAUGCAUUUGACAGAAACUGGAACGAUUUCCUCACAAAGUAUGGUCUUAGAGGCAACAAGUGGCUUUUAGAGCUGUACAAGGAUCGGCAUAUAUGGAUUCCAGUUUACUUGGAUCACCACUUCUGGGCUGGAAUGAGAAGCACACAAAGGAGUGAGAGCAUGCAUUUAUUUUUCAACAAGUUCAUCACACGGAAUAGCUCCUUGAGACAAUUCGUGAAGCAAUACGACAAUUGCCUAGCAAGCAGAGAGCAAGCAGAGAGAAAAUUUGAUGCUACAGAUUUUCACACCGUGAUACCGUGUGCAACAAAAUCAGCAAUAGAGGCACAGUUUCAUCAUGUAUAUACCCAUGAGAAGUUCAGAGAAGUUCAAGCUCAAUUCAGAGGUAAAGUGAACUGUAUCACAAGAUCAAUGCAUUCCACCCCAGGUUUCACAACAUAUGAAGUCAUAGAGUAG